GUUAAGCAUGACAAGGAAGAUCUUCACCAACACCAGGGAGCGAUGGAGGCAGCAAAAUGUCAACAGCGCCUUUGCCAAGCUGAGGAAGCUCAUUCCCACCCACCCACCUGACAAAAAACUGAGCAAGAAUGAGACACUCCGGUUAGCUAUGAGAUAUAUCAACUUCCUUGUCAAAGUUCUGGGAGAACCAGGCCUGCAGCAGACAGCAGUGGCAGCACGGGGCAGCAUCCUGGGCUUCUUCCAGCAAGCUCCAUGUUUGCAAAACAUGGAGGAGCUGACAGUGAUUGAAAACUGUGUCUCCUCUCCUGCCAUGAGCAGCAAUAUCGUAGGGUGCUUGUCAGAGACAUCAUCUCCCUAG